UGAUGUAUAGACCUAUAGAUUCAAGCAUCUCUCACCACCUCUCUCUCUCUCUUAGAACUUUCUUUUCCUUUCCAAAUAUUUACAUAAGAAAAAAAAAGCUCUACCUAAAACUCUCCAUCUUAUUCAAUUUGAAGGACUAAUUUAAUUUUCUCAUAAGUAUUUAUUACAAGAUGUUGUGAAAUAGCUAGUCUUGAAGAUUUGUGGCAGGCUUAGAUAAGCAACAAUGCAUGAGAUGGCUUUUUUCCAAGCAAAUUUCAUGCUACAAACUCCUCAUCACCAUGAUGAUCAUCAUCAACCAUCUUCACUGAACUCAAUUCUACCUCAAGAUUAUCAUGGGGGACCAUCAUUUCUAGGGAAGAGAUGUAUGUCAUUUUCAUCGGGGAUUGAACUUGGAGAAGAAGCAAAUAUACCUGAGGAAGAUUUAUCUGAUGAUGGAUCACAAGCUGGAGAGAAGAAGAGGAGGCUUAAUAUGGAACAAGUGAAGACACUUGAGAAGAGUUUUGAACUUGGUAAUAAGCUUGAGCCUGAGAGGAAAAUGCAGCUUGCAAGAGCUCUUAACUUGCAACCUAGACAAGUUGCUAUAUGGUUUCAAAAUAGAAGGGCAAGAUGGAAGACAAAGCAGUUGGAAAAAGACUAUGAUGUUCUUAAAAGACAAUAUGAUGCUAUUAAGUUAGAUAAUGAUGCACUUCAAGCUCAGAACCAAAAACUUCAAGCUGAGAUAUUGGCAUUGAAAAAUAGAGAACCAACAGAAUCAAUCAACCUGAACAAAGAAACAGAAGGAUCAAGCAGCAAUAGAAGUGAGAACAGUUCAGAAAUCAAGUUGGAUAUGUCAAGAACACCAGCAAGUGAUAGUCCUCUUUCUACACAUCAACAUACAACAAGCAGAACUUUCUUUCCACCAUCUGCUAGGCCUUCUAGUGGAAUUGCUCAGCUUUUCCAAACUUCUUCAAGGCCAGAAAUUCAAUGCCAAAAGAUUGAUCAAAUGGUCAAAGAAGAAAGUUUAAGCAACAUGUUUUGUGGUAUGGAUGAUCAAGCUGGAUUUUGGCCAUGGUUGGAGCAACAACAUUUCAAUUGAAUCAAAAGGAGAGUUAAUUAAUUAAUUUAAAUUAAAAUUUGAAUGUUGUUUUUUUGUUUAAUGUGAAAUCAAAAGGGUGUUAAUCUGUCACAAUAUUUUAUGAGUUAUUUAAUUGAAAGCCUUGUUUUGGAAAAGUUUAAAUUCAUGUAUAAAAUAGAUUUUAUCUAAUA